CGUCACACCGCAGCCCGAAUUUCAACAUCAAGAAAACUCCGCGUAGUCAUGCUGAUUGAGAAUCAAACAUUGCGGACCAUUUUCAUAAUCUCUAUGCAAUUUAAAUAUUGACAUCCCGGUAGGUAUUUGUCUUAUUUAGCUAAACUUGUGGUCGGCUACUGUUUGACGUGCUUAUCCCACUCUCGCUUGUCAAAAACCUUUUGCAACAGCUUUUUCGUGAAGCAUAUUUCACUGUACGGAAUCAAUUUAGUGAGGAAUGUAAUGGUGUAAUGCUUUGGUAUUUACUUUCUCUAUGGGUUUCGAGGAAUCAACAAAACAUUUUGCUUUUCUGUUUUCACAUUUUAGGAAAAUGUAUCAACUCUCCCGUGUGGGGUAAAAGGGUAGCUGUGUGUUCAAAUGUGGUUGCGCUGACGUUGGAUGCGCACAGUUCUACCUGUCUCGUGUGCGAGGGAAAGGCAGGAAACCAUGGCGAAAAUCUCCGAAUCAGAGCCCCAAAUUUACAGUUAUGGGAAAGUCGCAUGUGGGAUACUGACUCACGUGCUUUGUGUUGUCUUCACUGUGUUUAUCACGGUACUGGCCAAGCCUGGAACAAGUGAGUAACCCAGCCUUGGCGCCAGCAGCAGAGCACCCUGGCCCCCAUCAAUGCUGUUACAUAUCUGCAUAUAACACAUGGAAUACUUUUAUAUUGAGUUGAUUAAACAAUCCAAUAUUUUUUGGGGUUGAUCUGUUUUUCAGGUUUGUUCUCUUGGCACCCUUUCCUGAUGACACUGGCGGUAAGGUGACACAUCUGUGUGUGCAUAAUGUAGUCUGUGAAUUCAUCUCAUUAAAAUGUUGCAGAAGUGUCACAACCAUUCAAGUUCAUUCCAUCUUUCCUCCACCACUCUCACCUUCUCUUUUCUUGCCGUUCUCUCCCCAUCUCCUAUUGAUCCCCCUCUUCCCUCUUAGUUCUCCCUCUUCAUGACAGAGGCUGUGCUUCUCUUCUCUCCACAUUGCUCUCCCAUUCAGAAGCUUCCCCACAAGACCAAGGGGCGUGUCCACUGGAUCCUGCAGUGCCUCUGUGCCAGCUGUGCCACUGUGGGCCUGGCAUCCAUCUUCUACAACAAGCACCUGAACGACAAGCCCCACUUCGCCUCGUGGCACGGCCUGGUGGGCCUGGGGACGGUGUGCGUUGUAGGGGUGCAGUCUCUUGCCGCUCUGCCCCUCCUCUACCACUCCCUGGCUAAGGGCUGGUCCCUGGCUAGGCUGAAGCGCUACCACGCAGCGUCCGGCCUAGUCACUUACCUGCUGGGCAGUGUCAGUCUGCUCCUGGGCAUCUGCUCAGUGUGGUUUACAGGCGUUGUGGGAGGAUACACCUGGUACCUGGCAGCACUGUGCCCUGCCCUCAGCACCCUGGUCAUCAUGAGCCAGGUGUCCAAUACCUACAUGGCUAAGAAACGGCUGGUGUCCUAACCAGGCUGGCCCACCAACACCAAGCUCACAAACAGCAGCCAUAAACUAUUACUGUAUUCAAAUGAAGCUUUAAUAAAAGCUUUACUGUAGAGCUCGCCGUAGGGCUCUCUUUGGAGGACCAACAUGCAUUUUGCCUAAUGCCCAAAAGUAGCGGUGCCUUACAUUGGUGCAAUUAUGAUUUUGUCACAUCUACUGCUGAAUUAGUUCUAAUUUUAAAGUUUACAUUUUUAGUAUGUUAAUUCUACCUUGAGCAAAAAAGUGCAUGGAAUCACCAAUGAGCAUAGCAUCGCACAGUACUAUUGCAGAGAAUUACAAGCGGUAGUGUAGUUUAUUAGUGUAUACUUACUAACUUCCUCUGUGGAACAUAAGGCUUCCACGAGAGAGCGCCACUGCUGCUAAUCUUCUGCCUUUUUUGGGAUGUUUUUUUCAUGACAGGCCUCAGUCCUUGGAGUAUUUAGUAGUGUAUAGUACAGUAGUAUUUUGUAUCUGAGAGCCAAGGAGAAAAAUAAAGCCUGUUAUGUGUCUAAGGAAGUACUAAUAUUGGUUGUCAACCAUGCAAACAACUCCUAGAGGCCACUGAUGCUGCUUGAUUUUCUUUGCCUUUAGGCUUGAAUGGACCAAAGCACAUUUCUUGUGAUUCAUUUGUUUUUAUAAGGUGAUACAUUUGUGUACUAGUUUACACUGAGGUGUGAAAUUCCAGCCAAAAACGUAAGAUGUCAUAUUUACUGAUGUGGUAGACUGACUGCAAUGAAGUGUCAAACUGUGUAGUGUUUGCUCCCAUCCAUUCUGUAACUCCAUCACCCUCAAUUGUUUUACGGAAAGGACGUACGCAUAGUUGCAUCAUACAUUUUACAUUUGAGUAAUUUAGCAGACGCUCUUAUC